AUGGAUCUGUCUGGGUUUUGUCGGUACUGUCUGACGGAAGACGACGCAAAAACGCCCAUAGUCGAAGAUCCUGACGGUCUGGCUGAGAAAAUAAAUAUGUGUUUACCGAAUAAAUUUUCAGAAGAAGACCCGUUCCCAAAAAUGAUAUGUAACAGUUGUCAUAGAAAACUUUUGGAGACUUAUAAUUUCUUUAUGUGCAUCCAGGACACCGAGAAUCAUUUUCGCGGCAUCUUGGAUCAAAUGAAUCAGCCACCAAGUGAUUGUGAUGUAGAGAAGCCAACGGUUAGAAGACCGAGCAAAAGAAAGUCUGGACCUUGUAAACGUUUGUCUGUUAAAUCUCCCAAGAAAACUGCUCAUGCUGAGAUUGUAGUUAAAAAUGAAGAUCAGAGCAAGUCUGUGGAUGAACCCCCAGAUAGUUUGACAGAAAAACAAGAUAAACCCCUGCAUGUAUGUGAAAUCUGUGAUCGUACAUUUCAAAAUCUUUUGGCAUUUAACACUCAUGUUUUAAACCAUAAUAAUGAACCUCCUACUAUUUCAUGCGAGUCGUGUGGUUAUACAACACAGCAUCGAUCUUCUAUGUACCGUCAUCAAAAACGUCAUCUAAAACAGUCCAAGUAUACAUGUUCAGAAUGCAACAAGAAUUUUAUUACAGAAAGUUCACUAAAUGAACAUAAAAAUAAGCACACUGGUGAUAAACCAUUUAAAUGUGAGUCAUGUAAAAAAUCAUUCUCAUUAUCUCGAUACUUGGCAACACACAUGCGCCUUAUACACGGUGACACAGUAUCAUAUGUGUGCACUCAAUGUGGUCGUAAGUUUGAUGAUCGUAGCUCACUAGCUUUACACCGUCGAACGCAUAAAAGAGCCAUGUCUUGUCUAUGUGACAUAUGCGGCAAAGAAUUGUCCAGCAGAGAACAUUUGAAGUUACACAAACGAUUACACACUGGAGAGAAACCAAACGUAUGUAGUUUCUGUGGUAAAGGUUUUGCAAAACAAUGUACGUUAGUAUUGCAUCUCAGGACUCACACUGGUGAAAAGCCAUACCAAUGUGAUCAGUGUGGUAAGACAUUCUCGCAGCGGUCUUCUUACGUAAUUCACUAUAGAAAACAUACUGGUGCAAGACCUUAUGUGUGUGCUUGUGGUAGUGGUUUUGUAUGCAGAGCAAUGUUAACUGCACAUGAAAAGACAUGUGCUUUUGUUUUUCCUAUCAACAUGUACCAAAGCAUGUAUUAA